AUGGUGAAAGACACGGCAUUUUGGAGGGCAAACCGUGCAAUCCGCCAAGAGUUCACCAACGGGUUCCACAAGCUCAAAUUCGUGCCGUCCCAUGCGCAGCCACACUUCAUGAUCAUGAAUGCCGCCAUAAAGAUCAUGGAGAACAAAGAGCUGUGGGUGAAGGGUCUGGAGGAAUUCUACGAAAGAAUUCAUCUCAAAAUCGACGCAUCCCGCUUUGUGGAAAACAUCUUGAGAUUGAACGCCUUGUGGACUGCGCCACCACCGGGAAAGGCACAAUUGAUAAGGAAAGAGGAACAUAUGCUCCCUAUGAACAUCCCGCCAGGCGUACAAAGGACGCCUGAAAGGCCCAAGGGUCUUGUACAUGACAAAGACCGCAAACUGAAAGCCCGCAAGUCCAACGGUGAACCGCGCGCUAACAACCUCAAGUCGCAGGUCGCCCAAUUGGCACCUACUGGAUCACGGUGCUUGUUGACCCAUCAAGACGACAAGUCGAUUCAGGGAUGUCACGUCAUUCCGCGAAGAACCGACGAUGAUUUGCGUAAGCGGCUGGCAGCAUGGUGGGGACUUGAAGAUUUCGACAUCAACACGCCUUUCAACCUUUUCUUGCUAAGGGCCGAUCUUCACUCCUUGUGGGACAAAGGGCAUAUUAUCUUCGUGCCUGAGCCUCAGAUCCUCGAUGAGUUUCCUGCAGGAUCCAUUGCUCCAAUCAAAGUAGGCGUGCCGCUCGACAAACCAUUUAGAGUGUGCAGUGGUCCCCUUUACAGAUACUGCGUCGUCGCACAUCGCGACCUUCCCCGCACAGAAGAAGAUAGUGAUUUUCCGAGGGCCCUCGACACCGUGGGUUGGGUGGUAUCCCGCGUUCCUCCUCAAUUCGUCACGUUCAACGCCGGUCUGGCGCUAUCGAAGGGUGACGGGCCACGUGGAUUCGAAAGAGCUCUAGACGCCUUUUACAAGGAGCACAAGAUUCAAUAUGAAGCGCUCAACUAUCCCAUCGUACAGUUAUCCGUGCAUUUCUUCUACUUCAUGUCUUCCGCCAACAUGGCCUUUGAAACAACAGCAUUUAUCCUUGUCAUGCGCUCUAUGAGCGGUAUCGCGGCACACAACCCGUGCUCAUUCGGAGAUUGUCAAUACCCCGGCAGACUCAGCGCAAACGAGCUUACCAUAUUCAGGAUCGCAGUGGAUGAUAUGGGCAACGUUGUUCUCAUCCUCUGGGAAUUAGUUGACGGGCCUAGUGUUGGCAUUGACGCUGGACCAGGUACGGGUACAGUCGAUUUGCACUCGCUCGACGAACGAAACCCAGCAGGCUCUCAGUUGGAAACUUACAGACUACACACGAGAAGACCGAAAACUGACCGAACAUUAUACUUCGUGAUCUACAUUGGUGAGGAACUCUACAGAAGGUUAGGGAGUGUGAACUCAAGCAAGCCGGGCCACAUACUGGGCGGUUUAAUAUCAGGCUUCGGGUCGAGGCGGCAAUCUAAGCAUAUGGACCGCGCGGUCGUUAAGCUUGGAUUGCUCUUGAGCCAUUCGGGUGCACAAUACGUGGGUUAUUCAGAGUGCGAGGCGAUGCACUCAUUCAACCCGUCAAGAGAGAAAGCAGAUGGGUAUAAAGCGAUCACCUGGUCGUGCAGGGCGAUUCAGAGCCCUCAGCAGCUCAGCGGACACAAUCGCUCCGUUCAGCAGGCUCAGCAUCUCAGCCGGGCUCUGUCUCGCAUAGUGUCACGAGUUGCCUUCGGUUUGAGCGUCGCUCACCAUCGCUUCGGUAAGAACCAGUCGAACGCCCCCAGCAUCCUUCAAAACCCUGCGCCAGAGCCAGAGCCUGAGGAGAGUGAGGGUGAAGAAGGAGUCUCGGAGUCCGAGUCCGAGGAUUCUGUUGGGUCCGCCUUGCCGACAGCAUUCGCCCCCGCGUCAGCAGUCCCUGACGUACGUGACCCCCCCGCCGAACUUCCUCCGGCGCCUUCACUGCCGACUCCGCCAAGAGGCCGCUCGAGCACUCGCUCCUCUCGAAGUUCGGCCAGCGGAAGGCCACCACAGCCGCCUCCGCCCCCGCAACGUCCUCCGUCCCCCCCGAUGCCGAUAAUGUCGUCCCCUGCAGCCGCCCCCGACAAGGAGACCCUGAAGCUCCUCCUCCCCCUCCACUAUGACGGAAAAACCGUCAUCGAAUGCGACAGGUUCCUGUCGCAACUUCGUAUCUACUGGUUGAUCAACAUGUCGUUGAUGACCAUUGAGCUUAAGGUACAAGUUGCGCUAAGCCUGCUCAAUGGCGACGCCCGCGCCUGGGCCACGCCUUACUUCGCCCAACUCGCAUCAGUGCAGCUGGGUGUGCAAGGGGUUACAACCCCCUUCAGGAACGAAGCGGCCUUCACCGCUGCCUUCAAGGCCCGCUUCGGUAAUCUCGAAGAUGCGGCAGCAGCACAAGUGGAGCUGGCAAAGCUCUGUGUGGACAAAUCGGUCCGCGAAAAAUGCACCGCUGCGGAGUUCUCCGCGCUGUUCAAGGGUCCGGCGGACCGUUCCGGGUAUGGGGACCUGGAACUACGCGACAAGUACCUGAGCGGUAUCCCCUCCCGCGUGUAUCACAAGAUCGAGCUCGAGACCUUCACCACGUGGCGAGCCGCUGAAAAGCGAGCCACUGAGGUCGAGCAGAUCCUCGACAUCAGCCGGGCCCGUCGGCCCGAGGUCGAGGUCGCGGUGGGGCACGUGGAGCAUCAAUGCGGCCGUCGGAAAAGGAGACUUCCCCGGCACAUGCUUUGGCUGCGGGAAGCAAGGGUACCGUCGUUUUGA